AUGGCGACGUUACCAUGGAUUAAAUAUGAUAGUGGACCUUUGUCUGGUAAUGGAAAUCUAACAGAUUUGCCAGCGAAUUGUUUUCCUGUACGAAAUCUAUUGCGCAGUUCAUCAUCGAAUCAACAAUGGGUUGUGGCAUUACGCGAUACAGAACAACGACGUUUUGCGGCUAUACUAACAACACUAUCAACACCAACUCCAUUUGAAAGUGAAAUUUCUCAAAAAGAAACAAAGAAAAAACAACGAUGGGUGGGCAAAGAGAAGACAGUUGAACAUUUAUUAGAUGGAUUUUUUAUUAUGCAUCAUUGUGCUAUUGAAGAUCCAUCGAAUGUUGUUAUACUAAAUGUUAAUGGAUUAGAUUUACAAGACGUUAAAGAAGACGAUUUUCUAUUAUUCGAUAAUAUUGUACGAAUCGAUGCAAAUGAAAAUCAAUUACCAUUUCACGGCUUGAGAACAUUUCCACAAUUAGCUCAACUCGAUUUAUCAUUUAAUCAAAUUAAAAACAUUAAACUCAGCGCUAAUGAUUAUGAAUCACUUGAAGAUUUAAAUGUUUCGUAUAAUAAUUUAACAAUGCAUGAUAUUGAAAUACUGGGAAUGUUACCAUCAUUACGUGUGCUACGUGUCAGUGGAAAUGAUCUUGUUGGAUUACCACGUCGAUUAGCGAGAGCUUUUGUACAUGCUGAUAUAAAUGGAAGAGAACAUGUCAAAGAACGUUUUCCUCGACUUGAAGAAUUACAUCUUGAUCAUAAUAAAAUUGUGGAAGAUGAACUUUUUAUUCAUUUAUCAUCAUUAAAAAGUCUUAAACGUCUUUAUUUACAACAUAAUCGUAUUCGUACGAUUCCAUUUUUAAAAGUUCUACAAGGGCGUCAAGUCGUACAAGAAUAUUCCAAAGCAGCAAUGAAACGGAAAAAUAUUAGUGCUUCAAAUUCCCCUAUGAAUUAUUUUCAACAUGGUCUCAAUGCAACUGGUGAUGAUUUAAUUAAAAGUACAAUAUUUGAAGAAGAUGAAGAAACUUCUUCGAGUAGUCCAAAUCGAAAUCUUCCAGUAGAAGAAGAAGAUAUAACCCUACCAGCUUUUCCUGAAUUACAAUUUCUUGAUAUAAGUCAUAAUUUGAUUGAUGAAGAAGAUGAUGUCAUGGCAGUUGCAUCAUGGCCGAGUUUAACUGAAAUUAUUCUUGCUGGUAAUCCACUUGUUCAAAAUCAUGUCGGUCUUCCGCCGUUGAUUGAAAGUUUUCUAAUGGAUCGACUUGGAAUGAAAGUUCAUCGAACGAAUCCAUCAUUGAAACCUGAAAAACAGUUUUUUGCUAAACCAAUAAAAAAACAUCGUCAAGUGACUAGUCGUAUAGCUAAAAUUCCAAAAGUUCCUAUCGAUCAAAUAAUAUCCGGUGCUGUUAAGCAAUAUAUUGAUUAUGUUAAAAAUGAUGAAGAUGCUCAAUCCGAGGGACAACUAUUUCCAUUAUUAAAUGGUAUAAGUGAACAAAAUUCUUCAUCGGAUGAAGAUAAAUUUAGACCAAUUGAUACGGCAUCAAAUAAUCUAGAUGAUGAUGAUAAUAAAUAUAAUAGUAAUACAGCUACUGUUGAUCAAACUCCUAAUCAACAAACAGAAAAUAUAUUUAUGACUGAAUUUGAAAAUGAUGAUAAUUAUCAAAAUGUAAUUCCAAUGGAACGACCAAGUCCACCGGAACCAACCAAUGUACCACAAGCUUCAGUGAUACCAGAUGAUAAAUUCAAAGGCUUUGAAGUAUUUCUUGAUAUUGAAAAUGAAAAUGAAAUUGCUGUUCCAAACAAUGUUAUUCAUUGUGUACGUGAUUUAAAACAAAUUUUACGAAAUCCAUUAGUCAUUCGACAUGAUAACGUUCAAGUCACUCGCCGUCAACGUACAUUUGUACCAAAAAGAAUGGAGCGUACAUUGCCACCGAUUAAAUUACCCAACAGACCCAAAGCCGAAGAAAUCAAUAAACUAUUGGAUAUUAUUCGUGAUCGCCAUACUGUUACUGAUAAACCACUCACUCAAGUACUGCAUAAUAAUAAAGAUAAAAAAGGUCAACGACGUGCAAAAUCACUUGUUACACAAAUUCAACAGCAUUAUGAACAAGUUCGAAGUGUAUCAUUACGAUCUGUACGCACACCUGGUACAAUAUUAGAUACAGCUAUUGAUCGUUUACAAAAAUUUGAUACUAAUAUUUGCAUAACUAAAGAACCGUUGCCUCCUCGCUUGCCAACCGCCUAA